CCCGAGUCGAUACCUGGCGCGUCGAUUAAUGCCGCUUGUGAAAUUCUGGCAAACUAAAAAGAACAGCAAAAUGAGCACCUGGAAUCCCGAGAACGAUGUGGACCUGCUUUCCGGCUCCGAGGACGAGGAGGAUGUGGCCAUGAAGCGGGACUACCACGGCCGGGAGGCCCUUCUAUUCGUAGUUGACGCGAACCUGCUUGCGAGUGGCGUGGAGCGCUUGAUGGAGGCUCUGAACAUUAUCCGAACCGCCUUUGUUUCUGGGAUGUUGGUGAACGACAAGGAUUUGAUUGGUUUGCUAUUCGCCAACACAAAGAAUAGUCCGCCGCCGCUGGAAACCUCCGCCUUGGACAACAUCGUAGUCCCCGAUAACUGCGCAGUCUUCCUUCCACUCCGGCAGCUAACUAAAGCCAUUGUGGAGCACUACCUGGAGUUUAUGGGUGGAGCCGAGACCUUGUUUGCCAAGGAGUAUGGCCUGGCUGAGCCGGAUGGCUGCGGAAGAUUCGAUUUGAUGAUCCGCCUGUGCAUCGAACUGCUGGAGAAGUGCGGCAAGAAACUAAACAACGCCAAGAUCGUUUACAUGACGGAUGUGAAUACGCCGCACCCGCCGUCCAGCAAUGCAUUCCAGGCGGCUUUGCAGAAGGCCAGUGAUCUUGAGGGCAAGGAGAUCGAGUUUCAUGUCAUUCCCAUGGUGGAUGACUUUGACUAUGAGCCGUUCUACAAGGAGUUUAUAACUCUAUCAAGAGCCAUCGAACUCGACGCCUUUCAGGUACCGGAUGCCCAGGUUCUUCGCGAGAUCCUUGCGGAUCGCAAGUUAAAGCAGGACUUUUUACGCCGCUGCUUGGGCCACUUCACCUUCAACCUGGGGCCCAAUCUGUCCAUGUCCGUGCAGUACUACAACUACUUCCAGCGACGCGCCUACCCUCAUAAGGUGCAGAUCCUGCGUCGGGACAACAGCGUGGUGCAGAGCAAGCGGCUGAUCAUGGUUCGCGAGCUCGAAAAGGAGUCGGAGGAGAUCAAGCACGAGUACCAAAUCAAGUCGACGGGUGGUUGGUAUGAGUGCAACGUGGGUGAGAAGAAUCUCCGCAUCAGCAUGGAGCAGGUUAAUCGGAUGCGCAACCUGCACAAGCCGCAGAUGAUGCUGUUGGGCUUCAAGCAUCGCUCCUCUAUGCCGGAAGUCACCUACAGCAAACCCUCUAAUUUCAUGUACCCCGAUGACCAAAGUAUCAUUGGCUCAAAGCGCCUUUUUCGCGCGUUGUGGGAACGGUGUCUGGCACGCGAGAAGAUUGCCAUCUGCCUGUUCAUGUGCAAGCGCAAGUCUAUUCCUCGCUAUGUGGCCCUGGUGCCCGUAGAGGCCCCGGAGAAGGGAGAGGAGAAGAACUAUCGCUCGCUGUUGUGCGGGGAUGGAUUCAAGAUUGUCUACCUGCCGGAGGCAAAGCACAUUCGGCAUAUCGACAUGUGUGACUGGAACAAACCAGAUAACGCAGCCAGCGACGCGGGCGUCGAGUUCUUCCAGAAGAUCAUCAAAAAACUGCGAGUAGACUAUCAUCCCAAUCUGAUCAACGAUCCUACUCUGGACGCCCUGCAGGCUAAUCUGCUGGCCCUGUCACUGGAUUUCACAACUGACAGCAAGGGAAUGGACAAUCUGCUGGACACCACGCAUCAGGACAAGCGCAUCGAAAAGUUUCUGCCCGACUACGACGAGAUCUUUGCCCCCGACGUGGAGCCUGCCAAGAAGCGAACGGCAAAGACUGCCACUGAAGGUGCCAGCGCUUCAAAGAUGCCCAAGAUCGACAUGGACCAGAUCAAGAGCUUAGAUUUUGUGCUGGGUCUAAUCGAGGAGCAGCGCUUGUCUAGCUGCACAUCUGUCCAACUCGAGUUCAUCUUAAAGGAGCACUUUAAUUUUGUGCUGAACAAGUCAGCCACCAAGGCAAAGUUACUGGAAAAGAUCCAGGAAUUGACUCCCAAAGGGGCCAGCUAGUUUAGGGAACUGAGUUGCCUAUUCCGCAGCAUAAAGUGAUAAGAUGUAAAAGAAAGCGCUGAAUUAUAUUUAAGUUUGAAUUAUUAAGUAUAAUGUAUCAAAUAAACAUAUUAACCAAGUUGUUUAAUUUCUCAAACAUUCUGAAAAUUGAUUAAAAAUAAAUAAAAACCAAUAUUGAGAACACAGCUGGAAA